AGUUGUAGUAUAUUAAACCCCCUUGAUAGUUGAUACGGCACUCACAAUCCUCUCUCAUACUCAUAGUCAUAGACAAACGAGAAGGGAGUUAGCAUGGGUGAGCAAACGAUGCCCGAAUCCGGCGGUCACGUGCUGGUCUUCCCCUAUCCGGCGCAGGGUCACAUGAUCCCUCUCCUAGAUCUGACCCACCAGCUGGCCUCCCGCGGCCUCACCAUAACCAUCCUCGUUACCCCCAAAAACCUCCGCCUCCUCACCCCUCUCCUCUCCGCCCACCCCCACUCCAUCACCCCCCUCGUCCUCCCCCUCCCCCCUCACUCCGCCAUCCCCUCCGGCGUCGAGAACACCAUGGAUCUCCCCGCCAGCGGCUUCCUCUCCAUGAUGUUAGCCCUCGCCGGCCUCCGCGACCCCAUCCUCCGCUGGUUCCGCGCCCACCCCUCCCCGCCCUCCGCCCUCAUCUCCGACAUGUUCCUCGGCUGGACCAACCACCUCGCCUCCGACCUCGGCAUCCGCGGCUACGCCUUCUUCCCCUCCGGCGCCUUCGCCAUCUCCUUCAUCCACUCUCUCUGGCGCCAAAUGCCGCAGCGGAAGAAUGCCGCCGACGACAGCGAGCUCGUCGGUUUCCCGGAGAUUCCGUAUUCCCCAAUUCACCCAUGGUGGCAGCUGUCCCCUGUUUUCCGGAGUUUUGUUGAGGGAGACCCAAAUUCGGAAUUUAUCAGAAAAUCUUACUUGGGUAAUUUUGAGGGCUGCGGUUUGGUUUUCAAUUCCUUUGAUGGGCUCGAGAAGGCCCAUUUGGAUUAUUUUGCGAAUAAGUUGGGCCACAAACAUGUUUGGGCCGUUGGGCCUCUCUUGCCCCCCGACCAUGUCACGGAGCGGGGCGGGUCCAGCUCCGUCGUUGCAAGCGAGGUGUGCUCGUGGCUCGACACGUGUCGAGAUCACAGCGUAGUGUAUGUGUGCUUCGGGAGCCAAGCUGUGUUGACCAACGAGCAGAUGAGAGAGUUGACCUUAGGUUUGGAGAAGAGCCGAGUCAAAUUUAUUCUGUCGGUCAAGGGCGCGACCCUCGGACACCGGGGCGGAGGCUUCGCCUCGAUUCCCGUGGGAUUCGAGGAUCGGGUGGCAGGCAGGGGCCUUGUCAUCAAGGGUUGGGCCCCACAAGUGGCAAUUCUCGAGCACAAGGCUCUGCGGGCUUUCCUCACGCACUGUGGGUGGAACUCAACUUUAGAGAGCAUCGUAGCCGGGGUGCCGAUGCUGGCGUGGCCGAUGGGCGCGGAUCAAUAUUUAAACGCGACAUUGUUGGUGGAGCAGUUGGAUGUGGCGAUUCGAGUGUGCGAAGGGCCCACGGCCGUGUUAGGGUCGGAUGAGUUGGUGCGGUUUUUAGAGCAAGUUGCGAGCGAGAAGUGGUUGGAGAAGCGGGCUCGCGCCGUGGCGUUGAGCAAGGCGGCGGGAGAUGCAAUGAGGGUUGGUGGGAGCUCAUUCAAGAAUUUGAAUGAUUUUGCUAGGCUAUUAACUCAAAAAUGCCCUAUGUAAUAGAUGUAGGAAUCUAUUAUAACUAUGCACAAUUGUUCACUCAUAAUGAAAUUGACUUAGAUUAAUAA